AUGGGUGGGACACCGGGUAUUGAUCCUGGAUUGCUGGGUGUACUGAUUGUGAUUUUGGUCUCCCUUCAACCCGGUGUAUACGCGCAAGGAUGUAGCGAUGGUACGUUUGGCAAAAAGAUGCUGGACAUUGACAACACUAAGUCCGACUUCAGUUACGUGACGAUGCCGGAAUCCAUUCCGGAUAUGACGGAGUUCACCAUGUGUUUCUGGGUAAGAAGUAGUGACGCCAUAACCAGCAGAUACCUGAUGACAUACAGAAGCAGUAAUAUCAACUCUGGUAGCAUAUAUUUGUAUAAUCCAAACAACGUUCAACUGUAUGUGAAUAACGGCGCCGCCUCUGCAAGUGGGAUGGUUGUCAGCUAUGGUGUAUGGCAUCACUUGUGUAUCACGUGGGACUCAGCCGAUAGUGGGCGAUACCAUUACUACAAAGAUGGUAGAAUGAGGUACACGUCGUAUAAUCUAAAGAACAGCCAGACUAUCCUCGGAGGUGGUACGAUGAUCUUCGGACAGUGGCAAGCAUCAAUUGGAGGUGGCUUCUCGAAGAGUUACUCUUUUAAUGCCGAAAUGUCCGCUUUCAACAUAUGGAAUGAGAGAAUGGAUGUUGAAGCCAUUCAGGCUAUGGCUGAUAAUCCGUGUGAAGCAAACUGCGGCAAUGCGGUAUCAUGGGCAUCCCUAAGCUCUAGUGACUUAGCUUCAGUAACAGUAGAAGAUUUUGAUAUCCGAUGUGAACCAGAGAAGCCAACGUGUGCCCGAGGUGAUUUCAAAGACAAGACAUGGGAACUAGAUAGUUCUGCUGAGUUUACUUACGCUGAAUUGGAAACUGAAUUCCGUGACAUGUGGGCGUUUACAGCUUGUUGGUGGAUGAGAACGAAUGACGUUGGCAAUUACCGUGCUGUUAUGAGUUACUUUGCUGAGGGUGACAAUCCAGGUAGCAUUAUCCUGGAAACCCCACAGAACCUCAGAGCUAGUAUCAAAAACUCGUGGUCUUCAAGCUCUGGUAUAUCCGUAACAUACGGACUGUGGCACCAUGUUUGUCUGGCUUGGACAUCAGAAGGUGGCGUUCUCAACAUCUUUAAAGAUGGCAGCAAAGCCUUUACGCAGAGUAACUACAGAACGAAUCUUCUUCUGAGAGGUGGUGGAAAGCUGAUCAUUGGCCAACGUCAAGGAAGUAUUGGAGGUGGUUUCAACAGAGCCUAUUCUUAUCUUGGAGAUAUCUCAGAGUUCAACAUGUGGGAUUCUUUGAUAGAAUCCAAUGACAUUAAGGGAUAUUCUGAAAACCGUGGCUGUGAAAAUGGCUGUGGGAAUCUUGUAUCAUGGCAUGGAAUUGCAGAGUCUGCUCUUGAGGAAGUUAAAGUAGUGGAUGCUGAAGCAACGUGUGAGAACCGCGUAACAGAGUGUGAUGCUGGAGAGUUUCAACGCAAAGUGUUUGAUAUGGACAACAGCGAUGACUUUGCUUAUGCCCAGUCCUUUCAAACUAUGCCCGAUAUGAAUGAAUUCACCAUGUGUUUCUGGGUAAGAAGUCAUGACGCCUCAACCAGUAGAUAUCUGAUGACAUACAGAAGCAGUAAUAUCAACUCUGGUAGCAUAUAUUUGUAUAAUCCGAACAACGUUCAACUGUAUGUGAAUAACGGCGCCGCCUCUGCAAGUGGGAUGGUUGUCAGCUAUGGUGUAUGGCAUCACUUGUGUAUCACGUGGGACUCAGCCGAUAGUGGGCGAUACCAUUAUUACAAAGACGGUAGAAUGAGGUACACUUCAUAUAAUCUAAAGAACAGUCAGACUAUUCUCGGCGAUGGUACGCUUAUCCUUGGCACAUGGCAAGCUUCAAUUGGAGGAGGGUUCUCAAAAAGUUACUCAUUCAAUGCAGAAAUGACAAAAUUCAAUAUCUGGAGUGAAAAAUGGAGCAGUGAUGCUAUUCAGGCAUUGGCAGAGAAUGAUUGUGAUUUACAGUGUGGUGAUGCUAUUUCUUGGUCACACUUCCGAUCUACUGAUAUAUCUUCUGCAGUUGUUGUUAAGAAUUCAGACAUGGAAUGUGAACCCGAAGAACCAGUUUGUUCGGAUGGAGAUUUCAAAGACAAAGCUUGGAAAAUGGAUAGCUCUUCAGAGUAUAGCUAUGCUGAGUUGCAAACCAAAUUCCGUGACAUGUGGGCGUUUACAGCUUGUUGGUGGAUGAGAACGAAUGACGUUGGAAAUUACCGUGCUGUUAUGAGUUACUUUGCUGAGGGUGACAAUCCAGGUAGCAUUAUCCUGGAAACCCCACAGAACCUCAGAGCUAGUAUCAAAAACUCGUGGUCUUCAAGCUCUGGUAUAUCCGUAACAUACGGACUGUGGCACCAUGUUUGUCUGGCUUGGACAUCAGAAGGUGGCGUUCUCAACAUCUUUAAAGAUGGGAGUAAAGCCUUCACACAGAGUAACUAUAGAACGAAUCUUCUUCUGAGAGGUGGUGGAAAGCUGAUCAUUGGCCAACGUCAAGGAAGUAUUGGAGGUGGUUUCAACAGAGCCUAUUCUUAUCUUGGAGAUGUUUUGGAAUUCAACAUGUGGAGUGACGUCUUACCCAUUACUGAUAUACAGGGAUUUGCUCAAAAUCGUGGAUGUGAUAAUGGAUGUGGCGACCUCGUUAGCUGGCACGGAAUUUCAGAAUCUUCUCUUGUUGAAGCUGAAGUUGUUGAUGCAGAAUCAAUUUGCGACUACAAUGUACCAACUUCCUAUGUACCUCCCAAUUUGUCAACAGAGGACAGAGUAACCGAAUGUGGUUCUGGUGAAUAUGAACGUACUGUAAUGGAAAUGGACAACAGUGAUGACUUUGCAUAUGCUCAAUCCUACCAAAGCAUAAAAGAAAUGAGUGAAUUCACCAUGUGUUUCUGGGUUCGAAGCCACGACACAACGACUAGUAGAUAUCUGAUGACAUACAGAAGCAGUAAUAUCAACUCUGGAAGCAUCUAUUUAUAUAAUCCGAACAACGUACAGUUAUAUGUGAAUAACGGAGCUGCAACUGCUAGUGGUACAGCUGUGAACUAUGGUGUUUGGCAUCAUAUGUGCUUCACAUGGGAUUCGGCGGACAGUGGUCGUUACAAAUACUUCAAAGAUGGUGUUAUGAGAUACACUUCUUAUAACUUAAAAAACAAUCAAGUUAUUCUUGGAGGUGGCAGUCUUAUUCUUGGUCAGUGGCAAGCUUCAGUUGGUGGAGGAUUUUCAAAGAGUUACUCGUUUAACUGUGAGAUGACUAAAUUCAACAUCUGGAGUGAAAAACUUGGUGCUGAAGAUAUACAGGAGAUGGCGAUUGGAGGUUGUGAUAAUAACUGUGGUGAUGUAGUAUCAUGGUCUUACUUCCGUUCCACUGACAUACCUGACUCAGUUAAAAUGAAAGAUUCGAAUAUCAAAUGUGAACCUGAUGAACCAGUGUGCUCAGGCGGUGCAUAUGAAGAAAAAAGCAUCACAUUUGACAGCACAUCUGAAUAUUCAUAUGCUAUUAUGAAGAAGGAAAUACGCGAUUUGUGGGAAUUCACAGCGUGUUGGUGGAUGAGAACAGAUGAUACCACCAGUACAUAUCAUACUAUGAUGAGUUAUUUUGCACAAGGUGAUAGCGUCAGCAGCAUUCUUGUAGAAAACCCGUAUAAUCUGAGAGCUGUUAUUAAAAACCAGUGGGGAAGCUCAACAACAGUAGCAGUCAACUAUGGGAUGUGGCACCACGUGUGUCUUUCAUGGGCUGGGGAAGACGGUAUAUAUAACGUUUACAGAGAUGGCGGUGUUGCAUAUACACAAAGCGGUUACUCAAAGGACAAAAUUAUCCGUGGUGGUGGCACAUUGGUUCUUGGGCAAAGACAAGGAAGUAUCGGAGGUGGAUUCAGUAAGACAUAUUCCUAUGCUGGAGAGAUGUCAGAUUUUAACAUGUGGAAUACCUGUUUAGUCUCAGAUGAUAUAAAGGGAUUCGUAGAAAACCGUGGUUGUGAAAAUGGUUGUGGAAAUCUGAUCUCAUGGGAUGAUUUCACCAGUAGUGAUCUAGUAGAAGUAGAUGUCGAAAAUUCUGACGCCAUUUGUGAAGCACGACAGACUGAAUGUGGGAAGGGCGAUUUUGAUGACAAAAAGUUUGAUUUUGAUGGAACAACCAACAGCUAUGCAUCUGUCAUGCAAGAAAUCCCAGAGAUGUCAGCAGCGACAGUCUGCAUGUGGAUCAAGACGACCCAAUCCACAGCUGCCAAGUAUAUAUUCACCUACAGAACAUCCAACAUCAAUGCUGGCAGUAUGUACCUGUACAACCCAACCAAUCUACAAUUUUAUGUUGAUAACGCAGCUGGAACUAACAGUGGAAUCGCUAUCAACUAUGGUCUCUGGUUCCACACAUGUAUGACAUGGACAUCCGCAAGUGGUAAAUACCAGUAUUUCAAAGAUGCUAGACUUAGAUACACCAACACUGGGCUAAGGACGAACUACAAAAUAGCUGGAGGAGGUUCAUUCAUCAUUGGGCAGUGGCAAGCAUCUAUUGGUGGGCAGUUUGGUACAUCGUAUCCAUUUGAUGGUGAAAUUGCCAAGUUCAAUAUGUGGAGCAAGGUACUUCCAGAUGCCGAUAUAGAGGCAAUGUUUGCUGAACCAUGUGGAUACAUGUGUGGUGACGUCAUUUCCUGGACGUUCUUCAGAUCUGAUGACAUUGCUGGCAUUACAAUAGGAGAUUCUGAUGUACAAUGUGAGGAAGAAGAGGUAGUCUGUUCUGGUGGACCCUACACAAAUAAAACAUGGACGAUGGACAGUUCUGCUGAGUACACAUAUACCGUUGUCCCAGCUGAGUUUCCAGACAUGUGGGCGUUUACAUCUUGUUGGUGGAUGAGAACGAAUGAUGUUGGUAAUUCCCGUGUUAUGAUGAGCUAUUUCGCCCAGGGUGAUAACCCAGGAAGUAUUAUUCUAGAAACACCGAAGAAUUUACGUGCAUGCGUUAAAAACUCAUGGGCAUCUAGUUCUGGGAUAUCUAUAACAUAUGGUCUCUGGCACCACGUUUGUCUGACUUGGUCAUCUGAUGGAGGUGUUCACGAAAUAUAUAAAGAUGGUAGCCGUGCCUUUACUCAAACAGGCUACAGGACUAAUCUAAUAUUGAAAGGAGGGGGACAACUAAUCAUUGGUCAACGCCAAGGCAGUAUUGGCGGUGGAUUUAACAGGGCAUAUUCGUACCUUGGUGAAAUAUCAGAUUUCAACAUGUGGGAAGAAGUAUUGCUUUCAUCUAAAAUACAAGACUUUUCAUCAAAUCGUGGCUGCGAAAAUGGUUGUGGAACUCUUGUUUCAUGGGCGGAUAUCACUUCAUCAGCUCUGACGGAAGUUGAGGUCAAUGACGCCGAAUCAGUUUGCCAGCCAAGAGUGUCAACCUGUGAAGGCGGAGAAUUUGAGCGAAAGGUACUUGAUAUGGACAAUAGUGGAGAUUAUGCUUAUGCUCAGUCAUAUCAAAACAUUCCUGAUAUGAAUGAAUUCACCAUGUGUUUCUGGGUACGAAGCCGCGACGCCACGACCAGCAGAUAUCUGAUGACAUACAGAAGCAGUAAUAUCAACUCUGGUAGCAUCUAUUCGUAUAAUCCAAACAACGUACAGUUAUACGUAAAUAACGGAGCUGCAACUGCUAGUGGAAUCAUUGUGAAUUAUGGCCUGUGGCAUCAUUUGUGCUUUACCUGGGAUUCAGCUGACAGUGGACGAUACCAUUAUUACAAAGAUGGUGUCAUGAGAUACACGUCAUAUAAUCUGAAGAACAACCAAGCUAUCCUUGGAGGUGGUACGCUUAUCAUUGGCACAUGGCAAGCCUCGAUUGGAGGAGGUUUCUCAAAGAGUCACUCCUUCAAUGCGGAAAUGACACAAUUCAACAUCUGGGGGGAAGCGAAAAAUUCAGAAGCCAUACAGGCAAUGUCAACAAACGAUUGUGGUUCAUUGUGUGGUGAUAUAGUGUCUUGGGCAUACUUCCGAUCUAGUGACGUCUCAUCAACAGCAGUAAUUAAAGACUCUGACAUAAAAUGUGUUAAAGAAGUGCCAGUGUGUGCUCGUGGUGAGUUAGAAGAUAAGUCACUGGUUAUGGACAGUUCAGCUGAAUACACGUAUGCCCAGAUUGCAACUGAAAUCCCUGAUCAUGACUUGUGGGAAUUCACAGCGUGUUGGUGGAUGAGAACGAAUGACGUUGGCAGUUAUCGUGUUAUGAUGAGCUAUUUUGCACAGGGUGAUAACCCGGGAAGUAUAAUAUUGGAAACUCCCAAAAAUUUAAGAGCCAGCAUCAAGAACUCCUGGUCGUCAAGUUCUGGAAUAUCAGUGACGUAUGGACUAUGGCACCACGUGUGUUUCGCAUGGACAUCGGAAGGCGGUGAACUAGGCAUAUUUAAAGAUGGAAGCAGAGCAUUCACGCAGUCAAACUAUCGAACCAACUUGAUCCUUAAAGGAGGAGGGCAGCUUAUUAUUGGUCAGCGACAGGGUAGUAUUGGAGGUGGUUUCAACAGAGCUUAUUCCUACCUAGGAGAUAUUUCAGAGUUUAAUAUGUGGAAAACAGUUUUAGCAUCAUCUGAUAUACAGGCAUUUGCUGAAAACCGUGGUUGCGAAAAUGGUUGUGGGGAUCUUGUCUCAUGGCAUGAAAUUCCAGAAUCAGCAGUAAUAGAAGCAAAAAUUGUCGAAGCUGAAGCAAUCUGCAAAGAAAGAAAUACUGACUGUGAGGGUGGUGAAUUUGAUGGCAAAGUAUUGAAUAUGGACAAUUCAGAAAACUAUGCUUAUAUUCAAUCAUAUCAGACCAUUCCUGAUAUGAAUGAAUUCACCAUGUGUUUCUGGGUACGAAGCCGGGACACUACAGCAACCAGGUAUAUCAUGACAUACAGAAGCAGUAAUAUCAAUACUGGAAGUAUCUACGUGUACAACCCAACAAAUGUACAACUCUACAUCAAUAAUGGUGCUGCCACUGGUAGUAGUGUUGCAGUGAACUAUGGUGUGUGGCACCAUUUGUGCUUUACCUGGGAUUCAGCUGACAGUGGACGAUACCAUUAUUACAAAGAUGGUGUCAUGAGAUACACGUCGUAUAACCUGAAGAACAACCAAGCUAUUCUUGGAGGUGGCACUCUUAUCCUUGGCACAUGGCAAGCCUCGAUUGGAGGAGGUUUCUCAAAGAGCUACUCCUUCAAUGCGGAAAUGACAAAAUUCAAUAUCUGGAGUGAUGUUAUGAGUGCUGAAAAUAUACAGACAAUGGCUGUAGGAGGAUGUGACGCCAACUGCGGUGAUAUAAUUUCCUGGUCAUAUUUCCGACACAGUGACGUGUCAUCUGCUGUUGUGAUCCAAGACUCUGACAUAAAGUGUGAACCUGAAGAACCUGUCUGUUCAGACGGAAGAUACGAAGGAAAAACGCUUAUCUUUGACAGCACAUCUGAAUAUUCAUAUGCUAUUAUGGAGAAGGAAAUACGCGAUUUGUGGGAAUUCACAGCAUGUUGGUGGAUGAGAACAGAGGAUACCACCAGUACAUAUCAUACUAUGAUGAGUUACUUCGCUCAAGGUGACAGUGUUAGCAGUAUUUUGCUUGAGAACCCAUAUAAUUUGAGAGCCAGCAUCAAGAACCAGUGGGGAAGCUCUACAACCGUGGCAGUCAACUAUGGGAUGUGGCACCACGUGUGUCUUUCAUGGGCUGGGGAAGACGGUAUAUAUAACGUUUACAGAGAUGGCGGUGUUGCAUAUACACAAGGCGGUUAUUCAAAGGACAAAAUUAUCCGUGGUGGUGGCUCAUUGGUUCUCGGACAAAGACAAGGAAGUAUUGGCGGUAAAUUCAGCAAGACAUAUUCAUACGCUGGUGAAAUAUCUGAUUUUAACAUGUGGAAUACACAACUUGAUAGUUCUGACAUAAAGGCACGGGAAUUGGAAUGUGGAAAAGGUGAUUUUGAUGACAAGAAAUUUGAAUUUGAUGGAACAACAAACAGCUAUGCAUCUGUCAUGCAAGAAAUCCCAGAGAUGUCAGCAGCAACAGUCUGCAUGUGGAUCAAGACGACCCAAUCCACAGCUGCCAAGUAUAUAUUCACCUACAGAACAUCCAACAUCAAUGCUGGCAGUAUGUACCUGUACAACCCAACCAAUAUACAAUUUUAUGUUGAUAAUGCAGCUGGAGCUAACAGUGGAAUCGCUAUCAACUAUGGUCUUUGGUUCCACACAUGUAUGACAUGGACAUCUGAAAACGGUAAAUACCAAUACUUCAAGGAUGGUCGCCUACGUUACACCAACACUGGGCUAAGGACGAACUACAAAAUAGCGGGAGGUGGUGCUUUUAUCAUCGGACAGUGGCAAGCAUCUAUUGGUGGGCAGUUUGGUACAUCGUAUCCAUUCAAUGGUGAAAUUGCCAAGUUCAAUAUGUGGAGUGAAGUACUUGCUGAUGUGGAUAUCGAGAAAAUGUUCACUGAACCAUGUGGAUAUACAUGUGGUGACGUCAUUUCCUGGACUUUCUUCAGACAAGAUGAUAUUGCUGGAAUUACUGUUGAAGACUCUGAUGUGCAAUGCGAGGAGGAAGUUGUGACAUGUGAUGAAGGGGCCUACACUAACAAGACAUGGAUAAUGGACAGUUCUGCUGAAUAUACUUAUGCCACGGCACCAGUAGAGUUUGUAGACAUGUGGGCAUUUACUGCUUGCUUCUGGAUGAAGACAAAUGAUGAAGGAAGCUCCCGUGCAAUGAUGAGUUAUUACGCACAUGGCGACAGCACUGGCAGUAUUGUUUUCGAAACUCCUAAGAAUCUUCGGGCAUGCAUACAGAAUACUUGGGCUACCAGUUCAGGAAUAUCGACAACGUACGGUCUGUGGCAUCACGUGUGUGUCACGUGGUCAUCAGAUGGUGGCGUGCAUGAGAUAUACAAAGACGGUAGCAGAGCCUUCACACAAAACAAUUUCAAAGCAAACCUCUUAUUGAAGGGAGGUGGUACGCUGAUAAUUGGACAGCGUCAAGGCAGCAUAGGAGGUGGUUUCAACAGAGCUUAUUCUUAUAAUGGUGGUAUCUCAGAUUUCAACAUGUGGGAUAAUGUUGUCAUGGCAACGGAAAUCAAGCGUCUUGCUGAAAAUCGUGGUUGUAAAAAUGGCUGUGGUAAUCUUCUUCCCUGGACUGCAUUUAAAUCAUCGGCACUCAAUGAAGUUGAAGUGGAAGAUGCCGAGUCUGACUGUCAGCCAAGGGUCACAAAAUGCGGAGAAGGAAAGUUUGAAAGAACUGUGUUAGAUAUGGACAACACAGGAGACUAUGCCUAUGCACAGUCAUAUCAGACCAUUCCUGAUAUGAAUGAAUUCACCAUGUGUUUCUGGGUACGAAGCCGAGACAUUACAGCAUCCAGGUAUAUCAUGACAUACAGAAGCAGUAAUAUCAAUACUGGAAGUAUCUACGUGUACAACCCAACAAAUGUACAACUCUACGUCAAUAAUGGUGCUGCCACUGGUAGUAGUGUUGCCGUGAACUAUGGUGUGUGGCAUCAUUUGUGCUUUACCUGGGAUUCAGCUGACAGCGGACGAUACCAUUAUUACAAAGAUGGUGUCAUGAGAUACACGUCAUAUAACCUGAAGAACAACCAAGCUAUUCUUGGAGGUGGCACUCUUAUCCUUGGCACAUGGCAAGCCUCAAUUGGAGGCGGUUUUUCAAAGAGUUACUCUUUCAAUGGGGAAAUGACAAAAUUCAAUAUCUGGAGUGAACUCCUUGAUCCGCAAGAUAUACAAAGUAUGGCCAUUGGUGGUUGUGAUGUAACUUGUGGUGAUGAAAUAUCGUGGUCAUAUUUCCGACCAGGUGAUGUUUCAUCUGCUGUUGAAUUGAAGGAUUCUGACAUCAAAUGUGCACUAGAGGAACCAAUCUGUACUGGUGGAAGUUUUGAAGACAAUAGUCUGAGUUUUGACAGUUCGUAUGAGUAUGCCUAUGUAACUUCCGAGAAAGAAGUACGUGACCUAUGGGAAUUCACAACAUGUUGGUGGAUGAGAACAGAGGAUACUUCCAGUACACGGCAUACAAUGAUGAGCUACUUCGCCCAAGGUGACAGUGUCAGUAGUAUUCUUUUAGAAAAUCCAUAUAAUCUAAGAGCUGCUAUUAAGAAUAGUUGGGGAAGUUCAUCAACUGUAGCAGUAAAUUAUGGAAUGUGGCACCAUGUGUGUCUCUCGUGGUCUGAAAAAGAUGGUAUCUACAACAUCUAUAGAGAUGGCGGUGUUGCUUACACGCAAAGUGGAUAUGCACUAAACAAGAUCCUGAGAGGUGGCGGCAAAUUGGUUUUAGGACAAAAACAGGGAAGUCUUGGUGGUGGAUUCAGUAAAUCUUACUCUUAUACAGGCGAACUAUCAGACUUCAAUAUGUGGAACAUUCGUUUGGAUUCAGAUGUCAUACGGGCUUUCGUUGAGAACCGUGGAUGUGACAAUGGAUGUGGAAAUAUCAUUUUGUGGGAUGAUUUUACGAGGGAUGAAUCAAUUGAGGUGGACAUAGAUGAUAAGGAAGCCGUUUGCACGCAUAGGAUAACGGAGUGUGGAAAAGGCGAAUUCGAUGACAAACAGAUCGUGUUAGAUGGAACAACAAAGAGCUAUGCAUCUGUCAUGCAAGAAAUCCAAGAGAUGUCAGCAGCAACAGUCUGCAUGUGGAUCAAGACAACCCAAUCCACAGCUGCCAAGUAUAUAUUCACCUACAGAACAUCCAACAUCAAUGCUGGCAGUAUGUACCUGUACAACCCAACCAAUCUACAAUUUUAUGUUGAUAAUGCAGCUGGAACUAACAGUGGAAUCGCUAUCAACUAUGGUCUCUGGUUCCACACAUGUAUGACAUGGACAUCUGCAAGUGGUAAAUACCAGUAUUUCAAGGAUGCUAGACUUAGAUACACCAACACUGGGCUAAGGACGAACUACAAAAUAGCUGGAGGAGGUUCAUUCAUCAUUGGGCAGUGGCAAGCAUCUAUUGGUGGGCAGUUUGGUACAUCGUAUCCAUUUGAUGGUGAAAUUGCUAAAUUUAACAUGUGGAGUGAAGCACUUUCUGAUGCAGACAUAGAGGCAAUGUUUAUUGAACCAUGUGGAUAUAGCUGUGGCAACGUCAUUUCCUGGACCUUUUUCAGAUCAGACGAUGUUGCUGGUAUUGACGUCAAGGAUUCUGAUGUAGAGUGUGAAAAAGAAGAGACUGUUUGUACAAAAGGUGACUACACAGGCAAAUCAUGGACCUUCGACAGUUCUGAUGAUUAUUCAUAUGUCACAGUUUCAAAGGACUUUGUAGACAUAUGGGCGUUCACUGCAUGUUGGUGGAUGCGUACUAGCACAACAACUAGCUCCCCUGUAAUGAUGCAUUAUUUUGCUCCUGGCGACAGUUAUGGCAGCAUUAUUGUCGAAAGUCCACAUAAUCUCAGAGCAAUGAUAAAAAACACCUGGGCUUCAUCCUCGAGUGUUUCCGUGACCCACGGCAUUUGGCAUCACGUCUGUAUCACAUGGUCAUCUGAUGGAGGUAUUCAGGAGUUUUACAGGGAUGGAAGCCGAACCUAUCUACAAAACUCCCUGAAGACAGAUACACUGUUGAAAGGAGGUGGUACGUUGAUUCUUGGCCAAAGACAGAGAAUCAUGGGAGGCAACUUCCUGCAGUCAGAUGCUUACUUGGGAGAAAUGUCUGACUUUAAUAUGUGGGAUGAGGUGUUAUUGUCAUCAAAGAUAUAUACGUUUUCGGAAAACAUAGGUUGUGACAAUGGAUGUGGUAACCUAGUUUCUUGGUCAGACUUCAUCAGUGCAGAUCUUACAGAGGUUGAGGUUGAUGAUGGUAGUGAUGUCUGUGAAGAAAGAGUAACUGAAUGUAAUGGAGGUGAUUUGAAGGACAAAGUACUAGACAUGGAUAACUCAGGUGACUUUGCUUAUGGCCAGUCAUUCCAAAAGGUUCCUGAUUUAACCAAGUUCACUAUGUGCUUCUGGGUGAGAAGCGAAGACAAAACCACUUCUAAAUAUUUAAUGCACUACAGAACCAACACAUUGGCCACUGGUAGCUUUUACGUGUAUAACCCAAACAACGUACAAAUGUAUAUUAACAAUGGUGCCGCCACUGCAAGUGGUGUGGCUGUGAACUAUGGAUUAUGGCACCAUAUGUGUUUCACAUGGGAUUCAUUUGAUAGUGGCAGAUAUCAUUACUACAAAGAUGGUCUCAUGCGGUACACAUCUUACAAUCUGAAGAAUAACCAAGAUAUCCUUGGUGGAGGUGUCCUGAUCCUUGGCCAGCGCCAAGGCUUGGUUGGUGGCAGCUUCUCAAAAACGUACAGUUUCAAUGCUGAAAUGACAAAAUUUGAUAUUUGGAGCGAUGUUCUUGAUGUUGCCGAUAUCCAGAACAUGGCAAAUGAUGGUUGUGAUUCUAACUGUGGUGACGUAAUAAGCUGGCCUUUCUUCCGACCAAGCGAUGUAUCAGAAGCUGUAACGAUAACAGAUUCUGACAUAGAAUGUGGACCUCAAAAAACAGUCUGCUCUGGAGGUGACUUCACUAAGAAAGUGUGGACUUUUGACAGCAGUGCCGAGUACACAUAUGUAACAUCAGACAUAGAAAUGCCUGACCUAUCUGAGUUUAGCAUGUGCUUCUGGGCUAGAACAGAUGACUUGAGCACUGCAGCAAGGUCCAUGAUGAGCUACUAUGCAUACGGAGACAGUGUUGGCAGUAUUGUUAUAGAGAAUCCUUAUAUACUGAGAGUUGCAAUCAAGAACACAUGGAGUUCAUCCACGUCAGUGUCAAUUCGCUAUGGUUUAUGGAAUCACGUUUGUACUACUUGGAAAUCUGAAGGUGGUGUUGUGCAACUAUAUAAGAACGGUGCCCUGGCCUUUGAACAACAAGGCAUAAAGACAGAUCAAAUAAUUCGCGGAGCUGGAUCUCUGAUCAUUGGUCAAAAGCAAGGAAGCAUGGGUGGAGGAUUCAACAGAGCAUAUUCUUAUAUUGGAGAUAUGUCAGAUUUCAAUAUGUGGACCAGUGUUCUCGACCACACAGACAUAAUGAGUCACGCUGCUGAACGUGGAUGCGACAACGGAUGCGGGGAGCUCAUAUCGUGGCAUAGUUUCAUUGAAGAAAAUUUGGUGGAAGUUGAGGUUGAAGACUCGAAUACUGACUGUAAGCAACGUGUAUCUGAUUGUGAGGGAGGACAGUUUGAUGGUAAAGCAUGGUCGUUCACAAGUACAGAUACGACAGAUUGGAGUUUUGUACAAGCAAAUAAAGUCAUCGAACGCCUAUCAGCCUUGACAGCGUGUUGGUGGUCUCGUACAACUGACGGUGGUACUUCACGCCAUUUCUUCUCCUACGCCACACGUGCUGUUGCGACUGGCAGUUUCUUCGUGCGUAACAUGGCAAAUGUACAAAUGGUCGUGAACAAUGGUGCUGCUACUGCUAGUGGUGUACCCGGCAACACAGGUCUCUGGCAUCACAUGUGCGUCACGUGGUCUUCCACCAAUGGUGACUACCAGUAUUUUAAAGACACUGCAAGAGUUUACUCAGGAACAAAUUUGAAGAAAGGCGCAACAAUCUUUGGUGGUGGAUCUCUCGUCAUCGGCCAGGUUCAAAACCAGAAUGGAAUAGUCUUCACGAACAAUUACCAGUUUCUGGGUGAAAUGUCACAGUUUAAUUUGUGGUGUUCGGUGUUAGAAUCAAGUGUUAUACUGGGAGUUGCUGAAAGUGGAUGCCAGCCAGAUUGUGGUGACAUAAUUGCUUGGUCUUUCUUCCGGUCCAAUGAUUUGCACACCGUAGAUACAGUUGAUUUUGAUGUUGAUUGCGAAACACGAGUAAGCACGUGUAGUGGUGGUGCAUUUGAUGACAAAGUAUUCACGUUUACAAGCGAAAAAACAUCAGAAAUGAGUGUAGCCAUGGCUUACAAAGAGGUACCUGAUUUAAACGCAUUUACGUCAUGCUGGUGGAUGAGAACGAGUGAUGUGACCACACAAGCACGCAAUGUGUUUAGUUAUAGAACCCAUUCUAUAUCGGUGGGUUACAUCUACGUGCGUUACAUGCACAAUAUGCAGUUGUGUGUUAACAACCAGUGUGGAACGGCAAGCAGUAUCGACGUUCGAUAUGGUCUGUGGCAUCACAUAUGUGUCACAUGGUCGUCCACAAAUGGCGAGUACAAGUACUUCAAGGAUGGUGUUCUCAGUUACUCUCAGGACAACUUAAAGACUGGAAAUACUAUACUAGGAAGAGGAACCAUGUUACUUGGUCAACAGCAAAAUAGUGUCGGUGGUGGUUUCAGUACUUCUACAGCGUACAAGGGAGAUCUUACUGAUUUUAAUUUCUGGAGUAAAGUAAUGGAAAGUGACGAUUUACGAAAUAUUGGCACGACUGGCUGUGAAAAGGGUUGUGGUGACGUAAUUGCCUGGUCGUAUUUCAGAGACGGGGAUAUUGUUAACAUUGAUGUCACCGAUAGUGACAAUACGUGUGCUGUACGUGAAAAGAUAUGUUCUAAAGGACAUUACAAUGGCAAGGUAUGGAGAAUGGGGGAAGGAGACUCAACUGAUUUCACAUAUGGCAUAGUGAGAAAAGAACUCCCAGAUCUCGAUGAAUUUAGCAUGUGUUUCUGGACCAAGACUUACAGUACAAGUGAUGGAUUCGUGAUGAGUUACUUCAGCAAGUCAAAUGGCAGAUUGAUUGAAGUUCGUCGACCUUCUAAUGUGUACAUAUUAGUCAAUGGUGGAAGUGGCAGUGCAAUGGGUACUGCUGUUAACUAUGGUCUUUGGCAUCAUAUCUGUAUUACUUGGGAUUCCAACAAUGGCGUAUACCAGUACUUCAAAGAUGCCACACUUGUAAACACUUUCACGGGACUCAGAUCGGGACAGAUGAUAAAACGAGGUGGCAGUUUCAUAAUUGGACAAUAUCAGACCACGGUUGGUGGUGGUUUCUCAAGCACCUACAAAUACCAAGGCGACCUGACAAGCUUUAAUAUGUGGGAAAGUGUACUCGAAGAAAGCGCAAUAACAAACAUUGCGGGUGAUAUAUGUCAGCAAACUUGCGGAGAUCUCAUUUCAUGGGCUGCAUUCAGACCUGGCGAUGUUCAUGAUAUUAAAGUGCUAGAAUACGAGUUGGACUGUGUUCAAGAAGUUAUUACUUGUUCUGAUGGGCAAUUCGACAACAGUACAUGGAACUUCAAUUCCGAAUACGAGUUUACAUAUGUUGAACCUGCAAAGAGCUUCCGAGACAUAGAUCAGUUUUCAGUCUGUUGGUGGAUGAAAACAACGGGCACUGACAUCAGGAGCUCUGACGCCAUGUUUAGUUACUUUGCAACGGGUGACAACACAUAUAACAGCAUCAUGGUUUACGAUCCAUACAACCUAAGAACCUCCAUCAAAAACUCGCUAAGCAGUGCAUCUACAAUAUCUGUUGGAUACGCCCAAUGGCAUCAUGUAUGUUUGACGUGGACCCGUGACAGUGGCAUCUAUAAAGUUUACAAGGAUGGUAGCAAUGCAUUCACGCAAACAAAUUUCAGAACGGGAGAAAUUAUUCGUGGAGCAGGUACACUAGUUAUUGGACAAAGACAAGGCAGCAAAGGUGGCGGUUUCAACAAAGCAUAUUCUUUCCGUGGUGAAAUGACCCAGUUCAAUAUGUGGACAACAGUUAUUGAUGAGGACACCAUUUCUACUAUUGCUGUAGACCGUAGCUGUGCAAAUGGUUGUGGUGACUUGAUAUCUUGGUCAAUGUUUUCACAAAACGAUCUUUAUGAAGUGGAAGUAUUUGAUGAUAGUAGCUUAGGAACAUGCGAGCCACGAAUCGCCAAGUGCAGUGGUGGUGAAUAUGACAACAAAGUAUGGAGCCUAGAUAGCACUUCAGUUUGGAGCUAUGGUUACUCCUAUCAACCCGUUCCAGACAUGGAUGCCUUCACAGCCUGUUGGUGGAUGAGAACAACUGAUACAAGUAGUAGUCGUUACAUAUUCUCCUAUAUGACUUCCAGCGUUGCCAGUGGAUCCAUCAAGGUUUAUAACACUGCUAAUAUGCAGAUGUUGGUUAACAACCAGUGGGGAACGGCUAGUUCCACAAAAACCAACAAUGGUAGAUGGCAUCAUUACUGUGUUCUGUGGAAGGCCAAUGGCGGGACAUACAGAUACUUCAAAAACUCAAAUUUGGUUUACCUGAACAUUAAUCUCAAAACCGAUCAGAAGAUACUUGGUGGCGGAGCACUUAUUGUUGGUCAGCUUCAAGGAAAUGUAGGAGGCGGUCUGAAUAAGGCAAACUCAUAUAUUGGGGAUAUAAGCCAAUUCAACUUGUGGAGCCAUGGACUAGAAUCUGACGACAUUAUGAACGUUGCUAUCACUGGUUGUCACACAGGAUGUGGUAAUGUCAUUUGGUGGUCAUAUUUCCGCUCCACCGAUCUUGCAUCUGUGAAUACCGACAAGGAUUUUGAUGUUCAAUGUGAACCACGUCAUCAAACUUGUCAAAAUGGUGAAUUUAGUGACAAGACUCUUAUAUUUGAGAAGGAUAGAAAUUGGUCAUAUGCUGUAGUAAAUAAAGUAAUUCCUGACAUUGAGAAAUUUACGAUGUGCUGGUGGGUACGUACAGACGACAUGGCAACUUCAGGUCGUACUUCUGUCAGUUACAUGACCCAUACACCUUCUCAGGGGCACAUAAGUAUCAGGAAUUUCAACAACUACAUGGCUUAUAUUAAUAAUGUCGCAGCUAGAGCUAGUACGAUUGAUGUUCGUACACGCAUCUGGCAUCAUGUGUGUUUCUCGUGGAAUUCCAAUGGUGGCACCUACAGGUAUUACAAGGAUGGAGGUCUCGCUUAUAUCAAUGUUAAUCUCAUGUCUGGUAAAAUAAUAAAUGGCGGAGGCUCACUUAUAUUGGGUCAGGAUCAGGCCAGUAUCGGACAACAAGCUGCAUUCAGAGCUGGUUAUGAGUUCAUUGGUGAAAUGACACAGUUCAAUAUGUGGUCUGAUGUACUGGAAGAUGAAAUUAUCACUAAUAUUGCCGUAAGUGGCUGCAUGGAUGGGUGUGGUGACAUUGUUCCAUGGUCAUACUUAAUGAGUAAAGACCUGAACGAAGUUGAUGUUGGAGAUUAUACAAUAACAUGUGAACCACGAGUAGAAGAAUGCAACAAGGGCGAAUUUGUCAACAGUACCUUGACGUUCAGAGACACUACAAGCGACUAUGAUGCCAGCUUUGUUAGUGUCCGUGAGAGUAUCGAUGACAUUUCUGAGAUGAGCAUGUGCUGGUGGAUGAGAACAACUUCAACAGCAGUUUCAUACAUUGCGACAUACAAUCAGGCGUCGGUUGGCCACGGAAUUGCCGUAUAUGAUCCAUCCAACCUCAGAAUUAUGAUCAAUGGUGCAUGGGGUUCACAGUCGGGCAAGAAAUACAAUUACGGCUUGUGGCACCAUGCAUGCAUUACAUGGGACAACACCGAUGGAAAAUACCAGUACUACAAAGAUGGUAGGCUGGUUUAUGAAAAUAUCAACUUGAAGAAAGAUGUACAAAUACCAAAAGGUGGCAGUUUUGUACUGGGUAAUGAUCAGAAGGGGGUUGGUGGUGUACGCUUCACCAGCAAAAACUACAAUGGUGAAAUUGCACAGUUCAAUGUGUGGAGUGAAGUAUUGGACACAGAUACAUUAAAUACUAUGCAUACGGAUGGAUGUAAUCCCGAAUGCGGUGAUGUCGUAAACUGGGCUUCUAUCAGAUCAUCAGAUAUGUUGAAUGUUGAAGUAAACCCAACAAGUAUUCCAUGUGGUCCUGAAUUACCUGCUUGUUAUGGAGGAGAAUUUGAUGACAAGAAGUUUGGAUUCGAUAGCACAUCCGAAUACUCUUAUGCUGUAUCUUCGAGAGAAAUGCCAGAUAUUUGGGCUUUCACCAUUUGCUACUGGGUACAGACAGAUGACACAAGUGCAUCUAAAACAAUGGUUCAAUACUCGACACAGUUUGAGGCUCUUGCAAUAUUCAUUCAAAACCCAACAAAUACACAAAUGUAUGUAAGACAAGGCGCGGGUACAUCCAGUGGUAUAGCAGUCAAUUAUAACAGAUGGGUGCAUUUAUGUACCUCCUGGGACAGCAGUGACGGCAGCUACCAAUAUUUCCUUGAUGGCAGUCUCGUUAAGGCUUUUACAAAUUUACAAGCUGGAAAGGUUGUACACGGAGGAGGUCAACUGAUGCUUGGUAAUCGAAGAAACUCUAAAGGAGGAAGUUUCACUGGUAAAGGAUAUUCAUUUAUAGGACAGAUGGCAAACUUCAACAUGUGGAGUAAAGUAUUAGAUGAUUCGGCCAUAGAGCGUUUGUCAUUAUUGGGAUGCGAGAAUGGAUGUGGUGACAUCAUAUCAUGGGCAUUAUUUACAUCUGAAGAUAUUACAGAAGUAGAAGUUAAUGAAUCUGAGAUAGAAUGCCGUUAUGAGCCGAGUUGUACUGGAGGCACAUACGAAAACAGCACUAUGGCUUUUGAUAGUACUAAAGAUUGGAGCUAUGCCAUGGUAACAAAGAAAAUACCAGACCUUGAAGAAUUCAGCGUCUGUUAUUGGAUGAGAACUGUUGAUAGAUCGAACUGGGCUGGAACAAUGUUUUCUUACUUUUCCCCCGGUUCCACUUGGUAUGGUAGUAUUGCUGUUGAAUAUACCCAUAACAUGAGAAUGUGGAUCAAAACCAGCGUUGGAUCAUGGAGUAAUAUAGAAACAAAUUAUGGUUUGUGGCAUCACAUUUGUGUUACAUGGAAGUCAAAUGGAGGAGUAUAUAGAAUGUACAAAGACGGAAACUUGAGAUAUCAAGGUGUUAAUCUUAGGAGUGGUGAGACGAUCCUCGGCAAUGGUGUUGUGGUUCUCGGACAACAUCAAGGCAAAUAUGGUGGUGGAUUCCACAAAUACUAUUCAUACAAAGGCGAGAUGACUUCCUUCAACAUGUGGAGUGAAGCAAUAGAAAGCGAAGAAAUAAAAAAACUUGCAACAACUCCAUGUGACAGGGGCUGUGGCGAUAUCAUCAAUUGGUCGUAUUUGACACCGGCGGAUCUUGAGUCAGUGGAAUUAGCUGAAACAGAAAUGGCUUGCAGCCCAGAAGUACCUCGCUGCUUUGGUGGCGAUUACAGACGAAAAACGUGGUCAUUUGACAGCACAACAGUAAAUUCAUUUGUCACAGUGGAUAAAACCAUCCCCGAUCUGAGUGAGUUCACUAUGUGUUUCUGGAUGAGAACAAAUGACCGAUCUAACUUCGCCAGAAUGAUCGUGAGUUAUUUCACUUAUGGCGAUAGCGUGGGCAGUAUUGCCCUGGAAUAUGUACACAAUAUGCGUAUGUGGGUCAGUAAUCAAGCUGGUACAUUCUCUGGUAUGGAGUUGAAUUAUGGUCUGUGGCAUCACGUGUUUGUCGCAUGGACAUCGACUGAUGGUGUGUACAAAUACUACAAAGAUGGAGACAUGGAACUGAGUGGCAUAAACUUAACCAAAGAUCGACUUAUACGCGGUGGUGGUACUAUGGUCAUUGGUCAAAGACUUGCGAAUACAAAUGGUCAGUUCAGUGGAAGCUACUAUGCCUAUCAAGGAGAACUCUCAGAUUUCAAUUUAUGGAAAGAAAAAUUAAGAAGCAGUGAGAUUGAGGCAAUUGCUGAAAAUGGCUGUUUAAAAGCAUGUGGCAAUCUAGUAUGGUGGCCAUCCUUUAAAUCUGAACAGUUAACAGAAGUUGGUGUCAGCGAUUCUGACAGGCAAUGUCCAAGUAUACCGAGAUGUUCAGGUGGAAAAUAUGCUAAUAGCCUCUGGAGAUUUGAUAACACAUAUGACUGGAGCUAUGCAACAGUACCAAAAGAACUUCCUGAUUUAGAUGAAUUCACAGUCUGUUGGUGGCAGAAAAUGAAUGAAACACCAACCAGCAACUAUUUUUGGAGCACCAUCAUGGGCUACUUUGCCAUUGGAGAUUAUUCCUAUGGCAGUAUUGACGUCAUCAAUCCCAACAACCUUGGUGUAUAUAUUAAGAAUCAAUGGAGUGGAUACACCAAUGUUAAGGUCAAUGAUGGAAGAUGGCACUAUUUAUGUAUGACGUGGGAAUCAGAUGGUGGUAUCUUCAAAUUAUAUGACCGUGGACAAAGAAUGUACUCUGCUUCAAAUAUUGCAUCUGGGCAAACAAUCAGAGGAGGAGGAUCGUUAGUGAUUGGCCAGCUACAAAGUGGAGUUGGUACAGGUUUCUUAAGACCCUAUGCAUUUAAUGGCAAGAUUAUGUAUUUCAACAUAUGGACACGAGCACUUGACGCAAAUGAGAUUAAGGAGGCUGGUACUACUCGAUCCUGUGAUCCUGGGUGUGGUGAUCUGUUUUCGUGGCAUGAAUUCACACCUUUUGAUAUUGAAGGGGUAACAGCUACUAAAAUCCAAUGUGAUAAAACAACAGAUGGCGGAAUCGAAAUUAUCGAGAAGGAAGAUGAGAUGACAACCAUGGCUCCCGCUCAAACAACUGUUGUUAUAGAACCAACAACCACCAUUGUAGAACCAACAACUGUCGCCGCCGAACCAACAACUGUUGCCGUCGAACCAACUACUGUCGCUGCCGAACAAACAACUGUUGCUGUCGAACCAACUACUGUCGCUGCCGAACCAACAACUGUCGCUGGCAAACCAUCUACAGUUGCUGUUGAUGAACCAACGACUGCUGAACCUGAAUCAAAAAAGACAAGUAAACCCAAGGAACAAACAACUGAAGUUCACAGCACAGCCACAUCUCAAGAACACACAGAAGGUGGAACAAAUGCUCAUAUACAAAUCGCAACUACAGCAAACACAACUGCCAAGAAAACGACAGUAUCAGAAAAAAAUAUGACAACGGAAGAGAAUCAGAAUAAAAGAACAACAGAAGCUACUGGUGAAGUUACUACUGCUUCAGAAACAACUACUCUGUCAUUGGAAUUUACAACCAAACAAGCUUGUCCAGUGCCAGAUGAUCUUCCAAAUGCAGCAGAAGGUAAAUUGGCAACUCAGAGUUCUAGAAAGGGGGGUUCUAAGGCCGACCGAGCAGUUGAUGGCAACACGAACAGCGAUGCACUGGCGGGAAAAUCAUGUACCCAGACUACAGUUGAAAACAGACCAUGGUGGAAGGUUGAUCUUGGUAAAUCUCAGAAUGUCUACAAAGUAACAAUAACAAAUAGGCAAGAUUGUUGUGCUGAGGAACUCCUGAAUGCGGAAGUACGUGUUGGUGAUGAUGAUGACUUCAAUAACAAUGCUAUGUGUGGUACCCAAAUUUCUGCUGAUGUUGUCAACCAAGAAACCAUUGAAGUUAUCUGUGCCUGUGGUGAUCCAUUGUCGGGUCGAUAUAUCAGUGUACAGCUCCCAGGUAUUGGAUCAUUAGCCCUGUGUGAGGUGGCAGUUGGAGGUCUGCCAAUGCCUACAUUGGAACCGGAAGUCACAACAGAAGUAUGCCUAUUACCAGAGAAUCUCGACAGUGUGGCUACUGGUAAAACAGCUGUACAAAGUUCCCAGAAAGGGGGAUCAAAGGCCGGAAGAGCCGUUGAUGGUAACACAGACAGCAACUUCCGUAAUAAGUCUUGUUCACGAACCACACUGGAAUCCGAACCCUGGUGGAUGGUGGACCUUUCUGAGAUUCAAGAUGUUUACAAAGUUACUUUAAUAAACAGACAAGACUGUUGUGCUGACAAACUACUCAAUGCAGAAGUACGAGUUGGGAACAGUGAAAAUAUUAUUGAUAAUGCGGUGUGUGGUGUUAGAGUAUCUGAAUCGACAACAACCAAGGAAACAAUUGAUAUCAUAUGUGCAUGUGGACAGCCAGUGACAGGGCGUUAUGUCAGUGUCCAGCUCAUUGGGGUCACAGAGGAACUUACACUGUGUGAAGUAGAAGUGUCAGCUCUACCAUCUGCCGUUACCUCUGCUCCCAGUGAAGAUAUCACUACUUCAGACGUGGGCUUGACCACUGAUGAAUCUUGUACCCAACCUGAUGGUCUUGUAAACAUAGCGACUAACAUGAUUGCAACUCAAAUUUCAACCGUGAGAAAAAGUAUUGCCGGUAAAGCAGUUGAUGGCAACUUCGAUAGCAAUUUCAAGGGAAAGUCAUGCACGCAGACUGAAAAAUCUCUUGAACCAUGGUGGAAACUGGAUCUUGGCCAAGAACGUGGAAUUUAUGGAGUAACCAUCACUAACAGAAUGGACUGUUGUUCAUCUCGUCUGAAAGAAGCUGAGAUCAGAAUUGGAAACAGCGAGAACAUGGAAGAGAAUACACAGUGUGGAAUUCGAAGGGUCAGCGGGAAAAUGGCCAAACGAGAACAAAUUCACAUCAUCUGCAACAGCUGUCAGCCAUUAAUUGGACGAUAUGUCAGCAUUCGAUUGAAGCGAGACAAAGAAAUGAUUCUUACCUUAUGUGAAGUGGAGGUCCUGGCAAUGGGAGAAGCUGGACCAACUGCAAUGGCUACCGAGCCCUGGUCUACACUAGCCAGAAUGGAUACCACUCCAGUAUUGGAAACAACACCAAUAACAACUGAACCACCUUGCGUAUUGCCACCAGUGGUUGAGGUGGCUUCGGGGCUGGUGCAGACUAGUCAGAGCUCAGUCAGAAGGGGUGCUGUGGCUAUCAGAGCUGUAGACGGAAACAAAGAUGGCAACUUCAAGACUGGAAGAUCAUGUACAAUGACAAAAAAAGAGUAUGAGCCAUGGUGGAUGAUUGAUUUAGAGGAAUCACGUGACAUUCACAUGAUCACUAUUAGCAACAGAGAAGAUUGCUGCUACUUCCGCUUGAAAGCCGCUGAGAUAAGAGUUGGAAAUAGUCCCAACUUUGAGGAGAACGCCGUCUGUGGAGGUGGGCCACUGCGUGGACGAGAUGCUAGGGAGCGUACCGUUAAUGUCACCUGUGGUUGUGAUACACCACUCAACGGUCGAUACGUCAGCAUUCAACUUAUAGAUAGAACGCAGUUCCUGACUUUAUGCGAAGUUGAAGUCUGGGCUGCUGCUCCACCUGAAGAAUGCCAGCUGCCCGGUGGACUGAUUGAGCUUGCCAGCGGGAAUCAAGUGUCACAGAGUUCAACAAAGAGGAAGUUAGGUGCUGAAAAAGCAAUUGACGGAGACAAAAACAGCGACUAUAACGCGUUGUCGUGUACCCAAACCGCUUCGGAGUUGAGUCCUUGGUGGAAGGUGGAUCUUGGUGAAUCUAAAGAUGUUUAUCAAGUUAUUAUCACAAACAGAAUGGAUUGUUGCUCGUGGAGACUUGACAGUGCCGAAAUUCGUAUUGGAGACAGCGAGAAUAUAUCGGAAAACGCCCUCUGUGGUGAACCACUGUCAAGACAAAUGGUCGACAAGGAAACUAUUGCUGUAAGGUGUGGAUGUGAAGCAAUGAAGGGGAAAUACGUCUCUAUACAGUUGCAGGACAUGACACAAGUGUUGACUCUAUGUGAGGUGGAAAUAAUGGGCUUCCCAUAGAAACGAAAAACCGAGACUCGUCUAAAUUAUGCUUUAUUUAAUGAAUGGUUGGUGUGUGGUAUUAUAGUAUAAUGAUAUAACAACUCGUAUAUUCUUCUUCAUUACGAAAACAAAUGGUAUAUAAUUGUUGCCGUCUACAUGGCUUAUACUAGAAUUUCGAAUUUAAUAUACACCGUUCACGCAAAUUUGAAAGUCACAUGCACAUUGGUCAUUUAAUAAAUACCAUAUCUGUUUUAGGAGCAAACUAAUUGUUACGGCCAAGGUCACAUCUUCAAUUUUUCUGUUCGCAACAGCGUUUUCCACAUUUUAAGAUUGGUUAUAGGUGAUUUAUUUCUUCUCUAUUGUCUUUGUGUUGGUUAUCAAUAAAAACAAUAUAAUAAUAUAAA